AUGCGCUACGCUACCCAAACUCAGGCGACCUUCUACAGCGAGAUCCGCUGGUUCUUGCCGGGCGACGCUAUGCAAACUGUUGAGCGGUACUUGACCCCCUCGUGGUGGAAGAAGCGGUCUCCGGUGGAGAACCGCCUCGUCGAAGCAUGGGCGGGAAACCUCGUCAGGUGGGCAGACGGCGAGGACGUCCCCAACGUCUUUCUAACGGUGCCAGUGUUCGUCAGCCAGCCGCAUCAGCAUAUGCUCGAGCUUUCCCAGCAAGAAGGAUUCGACAAGCAGGAGGAGGUCGAGUUCAAUCGCGUUGACAACGUCUACACCGCGUUCAACGUCAUCAAGAUCGCAGCGAGGAAGCAGCGCGAGCGAGUCGAGGAGCACUCAGGCGGUAUCCGCAGCGCGCGGGCUCCGCAUUCACUCGGUGCCGCUCACAACUACCGUCAGAUCGGACGAAGGGCAGCGCGGCGCUACGGUUUCACGAAGGAAGGAUGGGAGAGGGGGGCUUUCUAG